GCCAGCAACGGCUGGGCCCAAGCUGUGAAGAGGGCCCGGUCUACGAUAAGGGCGACGGCGAAACAGCGGAGCUCACAGGGCGGGGGGAAGGCCCGUGCCGUGGAGAUGGAGAAUUCCCAGUUGUGUAAGGUGUUCCUCGGCGGCCUCAAUGUGCAGACGAGUGAGUCGGGCCUGCGGGGCCACUUCGAGGCUUUUGGGACUCUGACGGACUGCGUGGUGGUGGUGAACCCCCAGACCAAGCGCUCCCGUUGCUUCGGCUUCGUGACCUACUCCAAUGUGGAGGAGGCCGAUGCCGCCAUGGCCGCCUCGCCCCAUGCAGUGGACGGCAACACGGUGGAGCUGAAGCGGGCGGUGUCCCGGGAGGAUUCGGCGCGGCCCGGUGCCCACGCCAAGGUUAAGAAGCUCUUUGUCGGGGGCCUUAAGGGAGACGUGGCCGAGGGCGACCUGAUCGAGCACUUCUCGCAGUUUGGCACGGUAGAAAAGGCUGAGAUUAUUGCGGACAAGCAGUCCGGCAAGAAGCGUGGCUUCGGCUUCGUUUAUUUUCAGAAUCACGACGCAGCAGACAAGGCCGCGGUGGUCAAGUUCCACCCGAUCCAGGGCCAUCGGGUGGAGGUGAAGAAGGCGGUCCCCAAGGAGGAUAUCCACUCCGGUGGGGGCGGAGGCGGCUCCCGCUCCUCCCCCAUGAUGGAGUCAUCUGAGAUUGUUCACAUCAUCCAGAUUGGAAUUAGUUCCAUUGUCAUUGAAUAUAUAGUCUCUGAUUAA